CCUGCUGACUGCUGCUCAUCGACAGGUGGGCUGUAAGAUGAGAUCCUAAUUUACGCUCAAAAGGGGGAGGCUGGAGGGCAAGGCCUCUCAGUUACAAGAUCUCAUGGCAAAAAGUAUGAGCUGAGGGCCCUCAAAAUAGCCCUAGGGAAGCUAUAUAACAAGCAACUCUGCAGGAAAUCACCAGUCCUCGGCAGAUCUUCACCCAUGUGUAGUGCUGUACAAGAAAAGUCCUGAAAGGAACAGAAAAUCAUCACUGAGUAUCUCUUCACCUUUUUUUUUUUGCAAGCUUUUGGCAGGAGACACUCCUUUGGAUCUCAAGGCAUUGUUGUGGCUUGGCACCUCAGUGUUUGUGGGGUAGCUGUGUGCCUCUUCUGCUCUCCAAGACUCUUCUCAUUUUCCUUGCCUCAUCUGUCUAUUGGACUUCCUUUGCCCUCUGUGACCAUGAAAUACUACUACCCAGGCUCACUCCCUAGGUAUAGGCGAUACGCAAGAAACCUCAAGACUGUGCGUUUCCCCAAUGAUGUUGUCUUCCAGGACCAUAUUCGGCAAGGUGACUUGGAGCAAGUGGGACGUUUCAUCCGGGCCAGGAAAGUCUCUUUGGAUACCAUCUAUCCCUCUGGUAUGGCUGCCCUCCAUGAAGCUGUGCUUGCCGGGAACCUUGACUGUGUCAAGCUCUUGAUAAAAUAUGGUGCUGACAUCAAUCAGAAAGAUGAUGAUGGCUGGACACCUCUGCAUAUGGCCUGUAGCGACGGCUAUGCUGACAUUGCAAGGUACCUCAUCUCUCUUGGCGCCCAGUGUGAUGCCACUAAUAAUGAAGGAGAGAAGCCAUUUGACCUUAUUGACCCAGAAUACAAGGAUCUUGUGGAGCUCUUCAAAGCAGCCCAUGUAGACUAAGAUUGUAUCUCUUAACUCUUUUCCAUGAGAAGUCCAGUCUCCAUGGCAGGCAACAAAAUCUGUUGCAUGAAGGGAAAAAAACUAGCAAAAUUGCCCCUACAAAGUUGGUAAGGGACUGUAAGGUCUCCUAAAGGAGGCCAUACUAUAGCUGCAAUAUGUAUAUAUGACUAUGUUGGGAUUUCUCAGCGAUAUGCUUGGGAUAGUCUGUCCAAAAAAAAUAUAUGGAACAUUCUUUAUUGUGGUCCAUUGUCCAGUACAAUAGGUGGUAUAUACUGGCUUUGAUGGUGUGAUUGUGUAGGUAGUUCAUAUAUAUGUGACCUGGAUUGGACCGGACACCAAUUUCUAUAAAAAUGUAUCUUUCCAAUUCUCAUUUUGCAAUUACUAAUUUUGAACAGUGGCCUCAGCAACGUUCAAGUUAUUUUCCUGAAGAAUCCUUUCAAAAUAACCAUGAAAAUAUCUACCUUCAAACUGACAUGUUUAUGUACAUAUGAAUUAUUCUAAAACAUAGUGUAUAAAGUCCUAUUUUCAAUGUGUUGCCGAUUCUAGAUUUUCUUUUAUACUGUAUUUUUUAAGUGAUUCUGAAACAGCUUUUUAUUUUUUCAAUAAAGGAAUUCCCAAA